AUGAGUGAAAUUGCCCCAUUAGGGAAGCUGAAAGAUUGGUUUUACAGGGUUGAAUACCAACAGAGAGGCUCGCCUCACAUCCAUAUGCUCAUAUGGCUUGAAAAUGCACCUGUAUUUGGUGUUGAUAAAGAUGAAGAUGUAGUGAAUUUCAUUGACCAAAUAAUAUCUUGUAGAAAGCCUGAUAAUAAUGACACUGAAUUAUUUGAUCUUGUAAACAGACAAACUCAUAGACAUUCCCACACAUGCCGAAAAAACUCCAAAAAAGUUUUGUAGAUUUAAUUAUCCUCAGCCACCAAUGAGAUCAACACAAAUACUUCAUCCACUUGAUGACAAUGCUUCUGACACUGUCAUAAGAGCCAGAAAAGAGUUGUGGAAAAAUAUUAAGAAUAAACUAAAUGAUUUGAAAGAGGGAGAAGACGUAACAUUUGAUCAACUUAUGAAAGAACUAGAUGUUUCAGAAUAUCAAUAUAUUCUUGCAAUUCGAUCAUCACUAAAUUGUCCAACAAUAUUUCUAAAAAGAAGUCCCAAUGAAUUAAGGAUUAAUAAUUAUAAUCCUGCUUGCCUCCAAGCAUGGAGAGCUAACAUGGACAUUCAAUUUGUGCUUGAUGUAUAUGCCUGUGCAAUGUACAUUGUUUCCUAUAUUUCUAAAGCUCAAAAAGGAAUGAGUGACUUGUUACGUAACGCAUGUGCUGAAGCUAAGGAAGGUAAUUCCACCAUCAAACAACAGGUUCGUGACAUUGGCAACAAGUUUUUAAACUCUGUUGAAAUAAGUGCACAAGAAGCAGUGUACAUCAUUCUGCAACUUCCCAUGAGAAAAUCUUCUCGAAAUGUGAAAGAAAUGGUUGAAAGCGACACAAAGUGGUUUGCAGAAAAGAUUGCUAUGGAAAACGAAACUGAGCCCAGACCAACCACAGUUACAUGUGCAAAACCAUCCCCUGGAUUCAAGCUCACCAUCGACAAUGUUGACUACCAUCAAAAUGUCCACUACAUGACAGAACACCAGAACAUUGAUAGACACUAUGUGACAGUCAAUGCCACCACAAACAGGAUAUCUGGAAACCAUUUGAGUACGGACAGCCCUGUACCUGGUAUUAAACAAAUGGAAAAUGGCAAGUGUAUUCCUAAUCACAUCGAACAAAAAGUACAGAGAGCAAAUUACAUCACGUUGGUCCAGAGAAUUCUGGUUGAAAAUAUUCCCUGCCUUGAAUUUGGACAAGAUGUUGUUGAGAACCACAUUCACCACAAAUACAGCAAAGAAGCAUCACAACCAACAAAUUCAGUAAGUUUAUAAUUUAAUAAUUUAUAUUAUUAUAUUAACUGUCCUUGUGAAUAUGUGAUUUAUUUAUCAUGGGCUUGGCCCUCAGUGAAUAAAUACAUAUACCCUAAUUGCCUCAAAAUAACCAAAACAUUGAGGUACCUGAGAAAGACACCUAACUUGAACUACUUUAAUUUCUUUCAGAAUUUCCUUGGGGUUAUUUUCGAGAGUGAAAACGAUGCAAAUGGCAUACAGAAAAUAUUACAGGAACUCCAUGGUUAUGUUCCGUUCGUUGGCGAUGGAGAAGAACGAAGAUACUCAAGUCAGGCAAUCGUUGGAGAUCAGCUGACAGUUGAAAGAGCAGUGAAUGCUCACAUGACACUCAGCAAUGGUUUCACCCCAGAAGAACGCUUAGAUGGAAUUCACUGUGAGAUUGCAGAUUGGCAUGCUGGAAACAAAGCACUUGGAGUAAGGAUAUACUCGAAUUAA